CUUGAAUCUGAAAUGAAGAAUCAGUCAAGAGAGAUAGAAUUCAUUCUACUGGGACUGACUGAUGACCCACAUUUGCAAAUUAUAAUUUUUAUAUUUCUCUUUCUAAACUAUGUGCUGAGUGUAAUGGGGAACUUAACCAUCAUCCUCCUCACCUUGUUGGAUCCACGACUAAAAACUCCUAUGUACUUUUUCAUUAGAAAUUUCUCUUUCUUGGAAGUUUCAUUGACAACAAUCUGUAUUCCUAGAUUCCUGAUGACCAUUGUGACUAAAAACAAAAUCAUUUCCUACAAUGGCUGUGCAUCUCAGUUAUUCUUUUUCCUCUUAUUUGGAGUUACGGAAUUUUACCUACUGGCUGCCAUGUCUUUUGACCGAUACGUGGCAAUCUGCAAGCCUCUCCAUUACCCUGUUAUUAUGAACAGCAAAGUAUGCUACAAACUUGUAUUCAGUUCCUGGGCAGCUGGCUUUCUCAUUACCUUUCCACCACUGGUCAUGGGGCUGAAACUGGAAUUUUGUGCUUCCAAAGAAAUUGAUCAUUUCAUAUGUGAUACUUCCCCUGUGCUGCAGAUUUCUUGCACCAAUACCCAUUUCCUAGAACUGAUUUCCUUUGUCUCAGCUGUUGUAACACUUGUGGUCACAUUUCUGUUAGUUGUCCUUUCCUACACAUAUAUUAUCAAGACCAUCCUAAAAAUUCCCUCAGCUCAGAAAAGAACAAAGGCGUUUUCCACUUGUUCUUCACAUAUGAUUGUGGUUUCCCUCACCUAUGGUAGUUGUAUCUUUAUUUACAUGAAGCCAUCAGCCAAGGAAAGGGUGAGUUUAUCCAAAGGUGUAGCUGUUAUCUACACAUCAGUUGCUCCUUUAUUAAACCCUUUCAUUUACAGUCUAAGGAACCAGCAAGUGAAACAAGCCUUCAAGGAUACACUCCAAAGGAUUUUCAUUUUCUUCAAAAAAUGA